AUGAAUGUUCCUAACACCUCAUGCGUAGACAUCAGUACUGCGGAACCCUCACAGUCUCUCAAUCCUUUAUUCCAUCAACCUGGAGGAAGAUUUGGGUUCGCUAUGCAAGCACCUACUGUGCCUCCCAACCCAGAUCUAAACAACCAAUAUACUAUUGGGAGGAAAGGCAAUGUGAAGCAAGCUCACAUAAGUGUAACCGGCCCUAGUGCAGCUAAUUUGGUUGCACCACCAACUACCUUUGUGGACCAGAACAUCAACCCAGACUUAUGGGGCGUCAAUGAGGUUGAACAUCAAUCAUUUGAGGCAAGUGUCAGCUCUGACGAUGAUGGUGAAGAAGAUGACGAUGAGGAGGGGGAGGAAGAUGGGGAGGAGGAGGAUGAAGAGGAGGAGAUGAAAUUUGACUUUCAAUAUUCAUGCGAUGAAGAUGAUGUGGUUGCUCAGACCAGUGUCUUACAUGCAGCCAAUCCCUCCAUGUUGUCCAUACAGCAGUCCAGCAGUUCACAGAUUCCUUCAGAUACCUCGCCUAUGCAGCCACAGCUACAGGACGUUCAGAUCACGAUAUCACAGCCCGACAAUGUAUUGAAACGCCACCACAAGAAGAAUGGCCAGCCACGUCUUCCUGAUCCUGAAGCUCUCAAGUUGUUGCAUCAAGUCGAGUCCGAUGAUAAUCAGCAGUCUAAGACUAAACGAUCAAAGAAACCAAGUGACGGACCAAAGCCAACUCAACUAGCAUGGUAUGGUCCACGAUGGAAAAGCUUUCUCGAGGAUGCUAAAGGAGAAUGUCGCGCGCAACAUGCCCUGGAGAAUCCAUUUCUGGCUUUAGUUGCUGAUUUACCGUCGUCCAUAUGCGAGGUUCUUGUUUCAGUCUUAGUUGCAUGGGACCAAGAUGGUAAACAGUUUGAAGCCGGGAUCUGGCCACAGCAAAAAUCUAACAUGGCUCGACUGUUGUAUGACGAUCUCGCAACUUGUCUUGCGCCUCAAUCAUAUUCGCUCAUUCCCCCGCCUCCGAUCCCCUUUCAAGAAUGUGCAGAGUGGGUAGAACACGCUGCUGCAGCCUUACUUGAAGGAUCACUCUUCUUACGCUUUGGAUUAGAUGAAUAUGGGAAAACAAGGAAUUUUGCUCAUCCUGCACUUCGUGAUGGUGUCAUCAUUUUCUUUUACACAGGACCUUACGGAAUCACACGCAGGCGACCAGACAUAUUCCACAACCAAUUGCCUGUGUCAUGUCUGGCUUUGGUUAGCGCAGUGUACAACUGCAUCCUCGACGGUCUUGCGAAGAACGGCAAUGGAAAAUAUUACCCGAAGUUUACUGCGAGGGAAUAUGGCCCUAUCUACUCCAAAAUGGUCUAG